UAUCAAAAGAUUGUGAGAGAGGUUUACAGAAAGAGAUGGCAAUAAAUGAUUUUCUUUUGCCACUUUUUUUAACUCUAGUUAUAGCUUCGUCAGGGGCAAGAUGGGCCGAAUGUGCAAGAAUUUUCACAAUCGUAAACUCUUGCAAGGAAACAGUCUGGCCUGGAAUCACCCCAGGCGACAAUUUCAACGGCGGGGGAUUUGCUCUAAAGUCAGGCCAAUCAAUCGUCUUCAAAGCCCCGGUGGGGUGGAGUGGGCGAAUAUGGGGUCGAUCGGGUUGCAAAUUUGACAAAAAGGGCAAUGGCACAUGCCAGACAGGAGCCUGCGGCACAGCCCUACAAUGCGGAGCCUCGGGUGCCACCCCAGCAACCCUGGCUGAGUUCACCCUUGCGCAAUUGGACUUCUAUGAUGUUAGCCUCGUCGAUGGCUUCAAUUUGCCCGUCACUGUCACCCCGAUAAACGGUAAGGGAAAUUGCAGCGUUGCUGGUUGUGAUGGCGACAUGAGAGCCAGCUGCCCCUCCGAGCUUGCCGUUAAAGCCAACGGAAAAGUCGUCGCCUGCCGAAGUGCAUGCGAUGUGUUUAACACGGAUGAAUAUUGUUGCAGAGGCGUUUAUGGAAACCCUAGAACUUGUCAACCAACUUAUUAUUCAAAAAAAUUUAAACAAGUCUGCCCUACUGCAUAUAGUUAUGCUUAUGAUGAUCCUAGCAGUAUUUUUACUUGCUCAGGAACUGAUUAUGUUAUCACUUUCUGCUCUUCCGGGAAGCGGCCAGUUUGCACUUAUCAUAACAACAAGCUCUUCUGCAGCGGCUCCAAAUCGAUGAUUAAUAGACGAUGGCAUGUGAUGAUUGCCGUAGUAUUAACGGCUACCUUGUGGAUAAUUUCUUGAAGAAUUAUUUUGUUGUAAAUUUGAAUUUGUUAAUUUUUUUUUUAAUUCUGGAAAAGAAACAGUACAGCGAUUGUGAUUAUUUAUAAUUCUGUACGUUGAUUUUUAAACCGCCCGCAUUGUCAAAGAAAAACAGAUUUAAUGUUAUUCUUUUACUAAGA